AUGGGUACUUCUCCACGCACACAUGCCUUAACUCUUUCAACCCUCUUUUUUGUUCUCAUUGUGGCGAUUCUGAUCUCGAUAUCUCAAGCUCGAACCUUAAAGUCUUUCAACAAUUCAAUUUCGAUUAUUUUUGUCUUUGGAGACUCGACGGUUGAUCCAGGAAACAAUAACUACAUAGGCACUCCUUUUAAGAGCAAUUUUCCACCCUAUGGGAGAGACUUUGUUAAUCACACUCCAACCGGAAGGUUUAGUAAUGGGCGUCUCGUGACUGAUUUUAUCGCUUCAUAUUUAGGUGUCAAAGACUAUGUGCCACCAUAUUUGGACCCAACGCUUAGCAUUGAGGAGCUGAUGACUGGAGUUAGUUUUGCCUCAGCUGGCUCUGGAGUGUCGACAACCAUGGGUACUUCUCCACGCACACAUGCCUUAACUCUUUCAACCCUCUUUUUUGUUCUCAUUGUGGCGAUUCUGAUCUCGAUAUCUCAAGCUCGAACCUUAAAGUCUUUCAACAAUUCAAUUUCGAUUAUUUUUGUCUUUGGAGACUCGACGGUUGAUCCAGGAAACAAUAACUACAUAGGCACUCCUUUUAAGAGCAAUUUUCCACCCUAUGGGAGAGACUUUGUUAAUCACACUCCAACCGGAAGGUUUAGCAAUGGGCGUCUCGUGACUGAUUUUAUCGCUUCAUAUUUAGGUGUCAAAGACUAUGUGCCACCAUAUUUGGACCCAACGCUUAGCAUUGAGGAGCUGAUGACUGGAGUUAGUUUUGCCUCAGCUGGCUCUGGGUUCGACCCAUUGACACCGAUGAUUAGCGGUGUAAUUCCAAUGUCUAAGCAACUGGAAUACUUCAGAGAGUAUAAAUGCAAACUGGAGCUAGCUAUUGGAAAGAGAAGAACUACAAUGCUCAUUAACAAAGCUGCAUUCAUUGUUAGCGCCGGUACAAACGAUUUUGUGGUCAAUUAUUUUGGCACACCGAUUCGUCGGCAAAGCUACACUGUCUCUGGCUACCAGCAAUUUUUGAUGCAACUUGUCCGACAAUUCAUACAGGGUUUGUUGAAUGAGGGGGCUCAGAAGAUAGCCAUGGUUGGGCUACCUCCUAUGGGUUGCUUGCCUGAAGUCAUCACCCUUAGUCCAGAUGCAAUAUUUCAUCAACGUCAGUGUGUGCAGUCUUUAUUGUCCAUUGCAAGAGACUACAAUCAAAUACUCCGGAAAAACCUCAAGGCCAUGCACAGUGGUAGCAGCACUAGGUUUUUUUAUGCAGACAUAUACCAACCAUUGAGCAACAUGAUUCAAGGGCACAGUUCUGGUUUUGAAGAGGUUAGCACUGGUUGUUGUGGGAGUGGAUACAUUGAAACUUCAUUUAUGUGCAACUCGGAAUCAGCUGUUUGUAAAGAUGCCUCCAAGUACGUGUUCUGGGACUCAAUACACCCAACUGAAGCAGCAUACUACAUUCUUUUCGAGGCCUUACGUCCAACCAUUGAUAUUGUCUUCAAAGAAUAG